CUAACAUAUUCAUACUAACAUUGUGUUUCGAGAAGCCUAUAAAAAUGCAACAGAUCCCUGCAAAUUUCUUGGAGCGAUUGAGAGGGAAAAAUGCAGAAUAGACGCUCAUGUAGAGCAUUCCGUCACGUCUUGGAGCUUCCCUUGCGUGAAAAAGUUGGCCCGGGCCUGGGGUUCGGCUGGGCCAGCGGCAGGGGCAGUGCGGCGUGGCUCGGCAGUAGCAGCCGCGGCGUUGUCCGACCGCUUGAUGAAGGUUUGGUUGCUGAUUGUCCAAAUCUUCGUGGCCUUCGUGAGCGGGCCAAAGGUGGUGGUUACCUUGAACCGUUCAAGGAUGUCCAUCACCAAAAACGGGUACGGGAGGAGGUGGUCGUGCUCGGUGGACGCGGCAAUCGUCAUGUUGAUCAUGACAAACUUUGCCCAAUUGAUUGGGGCCGUAUGCAUGAUCGCAUGGAUGAGCUUGAGGUCUUCACCGUGCAUGAUGGUGUGGCCGUGCUUCCUGGGUUUGAUGAUCUGGGAGACGAUGUAGAGAACGAGACGGCCUUCGGGGUUGGCGGAGUGAAUGGUUGGGCGGCCCGAGGCAUGGCGUUUGAGCUCGGUGAUGCCAAGCUCGUUGAGGAUAAGGCCCUCGUUGUUGAGCACCCAAUCCUCUCCACCAUAGUGAGACACAUCGUCGCCUUGGAAGGGGAGGCCGGCAAUGCGCCCAAGCUGCUCCACGGUGAGCUCGAUCGGCGUGCUCUUGACGAGCGAGUAGAGCACAGAAGGCCCGGAUCAGCGCCGGGUUGAUCUCCUUGCGCGCCCGGGAGACAAACGGCCAAAGGCCGGCUUGAUGAAGCUGUGCGUCAAGGUCGUCGUAGCCCUGCAGCUCCGGGUAGCGCUCCGGGAUGAUCCGUGGGGGAGCCACAACCCGUUGAGAGAAGAAGGUGAGGAAACGGGUGCACUCCUCCUCGGAAUCAAACCAAAGGUAAGUC